CAAGCUGCGCGGGAAAGCUGGAGGUGCUGCAGACCCGAGCGGCGAGAUGGCUGCGCGGCAGACGGAGGCUGCCGACCCACCUGCCUUGGGGAGAGAUGAGGAGGCGGUGCUGCUCCUCGAGAAGACCCAUUACCGCCAUGACCCCCGCUGGCUGCUGCCCGUGUCCCCGCACCUCUGCCUGGCCUGCACGCUGGAGCUGCUGCCGGAGUCCGGAGUGUCGUUGGUACGCAAGAAGCACGUGGUGUUCUGCUUCCGAGAUGCCCUGGUGAGACACACCUCCUUGGUCACACAGCUGGUGGCUCAGGACCCGAGAGUCUGCAUCCACUUCAUAAGCAUGCUUUAUGGACUGUUAUGCAAAGUGGAAGAUGGGAGUGUAACAGACCUCUGCAUUGAAGUCCUUAUCCAGCUUACCACUCAGCUGAAGCUGGAACAGGCCAUCCACUGUCUGCUGAAUGAGUGCCACAGAGAGCUGUGUAACAUGUCUUCAAUGCGAGGCAGCCUGGCCACAAUGACACUUCUUGGCAAGUUGGUUGAUGCCAUUCCUGGCUUGGCAGAUCAGCUUGUAAUAAAGCACGGAAAUGUGACAGACCAUCUGUUGAGAGGCCUGGUGUACCCCAAUGAAGGGGUGCAAGCUUCCGUCUGUUACCUGUAUGGGAAGCUCUACUCCUCACCAGUGGCAGCUGAGAUGCUUUCCGGCCAUUUCCGGGAGAAGCUGUGCCCCCUCUUCCUUUCCAUCCUGGACGAUGCCCAGACGAAGGAACUACAGAUCAACUGCUUGGGUCUGCUAAGGCAGCUGCUGAAGUAUGAUCUCUUUGUGUCCGUGAUCAUGAACGAGUCUGUGCUGGCGAAGUGUCCUGAGAGCCCCCAGAGACCAUCAGGAGAGACAUCACUGCCUUUGGUGCUCAAAAAGCUUCUACUCUCCAGAGAUGAGAUCCUGCAGGUGGCUAGCACCCACUGUAUAAUUGCAGUGCUGGUCCACUCCCCCGCAAGGCAUGCCCCAGCCUUCAUUCAUGCUGACAUCCCAGAGUUCCUCUUUGAGCAUCUCUCCUCUUCCAGCGAAGUGCUUGUCUGGUCCAGCUACAACUGCCUGAUACUCCUAGCGGAAGAGCCACUCUUCUUUUCCAAGUGCCACACAGUGUAUGGGAUCGAGGCGGUAGUCAGGAGCCUACGGGGAAGCCUGAAGAUGUCCAACACAGAACUGCACAAGCAGGGCCUGCUGCUCCUGGCUGAGAUUCUGACUCGGCAGCCAGAAGAGAUCAGGCUGUUCACAAGUUCAGCCAUGUGCAGAGAUGCGAGUCGUGCCCUCCAGGAGGCAGUAAGCAGUCCUGUGUUGGAUGUGGCUGCCGAAGCCGUGAGGACGAUCUCUGCUUUCAUGAGAAAGGACCAUCAGAGCUCUCCUCCUGUGCAGUACAGAGCACUGCGGGCUUUGCUUGAAGCCAUGCUGAGUCGCUGUAUGGAGUUUGCCCAGAUCCCAGUGAACAGGAGGUUCCUGGGCAAUGCCUUCUGUAGAAAUUCAGAGAAGGCAACUCUUCAAAAGGGAAAGUUCCUGCUGAGCACUCUAGAGGGAUUUCGAAAUGCCUGCAGGUUGGCUGUGGAAUUCCAGGGUGAACCUUCUGCCCAGGAGAAUCCCUUCACAGCUCCCAGUGCCGAGAAGGAAGACACCUUGGAGGCCUUCUCAGAAUUUCUUCUCAGUGCCUGUGACUCCCAGUGUAUUCCCAUGGUGAUGAGACACAUGGAGCAGGCCACUCAUCCUAGCUUGAUGGAACUUUUCUUCUCAAUCCUGCACAGCCUCUUUGUCAUCGUUCCCCACAUGAAGGUGAAGUUCUCCAAGAAGCUCGCUGACUCGUCGUUCAUACGACUGACCCUGGAGCUAAAGGCCAGGUUCUGCAGUGGCCCGAGUAACUCAGCCCUAAAUCAGGUGUGUUCCAGUUUCCUCUACUACCUGUGCCUCAGCCUCCUCUCAGCUCCAGAGAAGACAGAACCACCCUCCUCAGAAGAACUGUCUGUAGUAUCCGAGUUCCUGCAGCAUGGGCUGCCCCAGAUAAGCAGCCACACCCUGGAGAGUCUCUCCUUCCUGUCAGAUCGCCAGUACAUGGAGGUAGCAGCUCGCCAGAGACAGUAUUGCAUCCUGCUCCUCUUCCACCUGGCUCACAUCCACGAGGACAGGUUUGUCCCUGAGGCGGAAUUAUUUGUUGCUGUGCAAAGCUUCCUCCUGUCUCUGCAGGACCAGGGGGAGUGCCCUCCACCCGUGGUCUGCAGAGCCUGCAUCUAUCUGCUGGCAGUGUGCCAGGACAAGGACAGUGUGCUGGAUGAGGCUGUGGUCAGUGCGAUCAGAAACUUCCUAGAGGGCAUCUCAGACCUGCACCUGGUCUACACUCAUCACCCCCUCCUGCUCAGGUUCUUCCUGGUGUAUCCAGGGUUGAUGAGUAGGUUUGGGCACCGUGUCCUGGAACUUUGGUUCUCUUGGGAAGAAAGCUGCUGUGAGGAAUUGGAUGAUAACUCCUCUCCUGGGCAGCCUACCCUUCCUGCCAGUGUGUCAGCCCUGUUCCAGAUGCUCAGGAGCAGCCCCAGUAUCCUGCUUAUUUUGCUGGACCUUGUCUAUUCCAGUCCAGUGGACAUAGGCCGCAAGGUACUAAUUAUCCUGAGGAUCUUUCUGAGGAAGAAUGAAGAUAUCCAAGUGGGUGGUCUCAUCCGAGGCCACUUCCUGCUCAUCCUGCAGCAGCUGCUGGUGGAGUACCCUGCUUCCCCCUUAGGAGCCUCAGGCAACCUGCCACUGCUGCUGAACCUUCUCUCUGUGGUACAGCUAAGGAAUGGGACAGAGCAAGAACUGGACAGUAUGACCAUAAAGCUGCUUCACCAAGUGAGCAAGCUGUGUGGAAAGGGUAGCCCUGACGAUACAGACAUCCUACAGCCCUCCUUCAAUUUCCUGUACUGGAGCCUUCAUCAAACCACCACCAGCAGUCGGAAAAGAGCUGCCGCUGUGCUGCUGAGCAACACAGCCUUGAUUGAGCUUUUGGAGAAGAUGCUGGCCCUCACCUGGACAGAGGCAGGAUCCCCCAGGGCCUCACUGCUCUGCUCUGCCUGGCUGCUCACUGCCUCUCUAUCUGCCCAGCAGCACAAUGGAUGUUUGCAGGUUCACCAGAUGUUAUCUGUGGAACUGGACCAAGUAUUGAAGGCACUCAGCUUUCCAAAGAAUAAGGCUGUACUGCUGUCGGCUGCCAUCUUGCGAUUCCUGCGGACUGUCCUGCAGCAACGCUUUUCCUCUGCACUGGUGGUUCUGGUGCCCUCAGGGGUUCAACCACUGCCAACUCCUGAGGACACUGCCCUAGCUCCACUGAGAACGUCACAAGUGCUGUCCCUGCUCAUUGGACUACAGAAUCUUCUGGUACAGAAGGAUCCUGUAUUGUCUCAAGCUUGCAUUGGCUGCCUGGAGGCCUUGCUUGACUACCUGCAUGCUAGGAGCCCAGACAUUGCGCUCCAUGUGGCCUCCCAGCCCUGGAAUCGGUUUUUGCUGUUCACUCUUUUGGAUGCUGGAGAGAAUUCUUUCCUCAGACCCGAGAUACUGAAACUUAUGACCCUGUUUGUGCAAUACCAGAGCAGCAGCAUCCUGUCUCAUGAAGAGGUGGAGCAUGUUCUGCAACAUGCAGCUUUGACUGACCUGUCCACUCUCUCAAAAGCCACACUCCAGGCUCUGUAUGGCUUCUUCCUGCAGGUACAGAGCAUGGGCCUCUUGGCGGACCAUAGCAUGGCCCAGACCCUACAGGCCUCUUUGGAGGGCCUCUGUUCCAGCACCUCCUCAGCAGAGUCACCCCCUCAAGAUAUGCUCUGCCUUGGAGGCGUAGCUAUAUCCCUGUCCCACAUCAAAGACUGAGUCUCAGGACAUAAAGGCCCCAAAACAGAAAGAAGCGAGACUUAAGAGACAGAUUCAGGGCGUAAUUGUUGGGGCAAAGGAUGGCAGUCUCAGCUCUUCAUUGUAGCCAUUUAAUCCACUGUGGAAAUGGAGUCGCGA